AUGAAGUCCAAGCUCGUGGUAUUCGCAUUGUCUUUGGUGUUGAGCCAGGGCUUGGCGGAGGAGCGCCACCCCCUUGUUGGAUCCCUUGGUGCUCUUCGCAUAUUGCACUACAACAAUCUUGGCCCUCAGAACAAUGGAACUUCGGCUGUUUUGGCUCAUGAUCACUCGAGCUAUGCUGGUGCUGCUGCAAAAUGCACUGCUAUCGGCGAGAAGCUCCUCCCAUGGUCUGCGAGGCAAGACACCAGUCGAAGUCACACCGAACUAGAUUAUGAACUGGACUAUCUCGUAUUUGCGAAAGAGCUACAAGACGAUGAUUACUUGUGGCUGUCGACAGAACAGGAAGAUAGCCAGAACUGCUUUGCUUUGUCGAUAUCCCAUCGCAAGAUCGUACAGAAAUCAUGUCAAGACAAGCUACCAGCCCUCUGCACAUCUACUCCGCCCGCAACAACCGAGCUCGACCGAGAGGCAAGAGAAACCACGAAGCUGUCCGUGGCAUCUGACGAUUAUACCGUAACCGGAUACCGAGAUGCGCGAUCCUUCCGCUUCCUCGGCGUGCCCUUUGCGACUCCCCCAGUCGAUGACUUGCGCUUUGCCCCACCGCAAGCUUACACUGGACCGAAGAACAUCGAUGCCACUAGCAUGGCGGAUUCGUGUAUCCAAUCCCCUUCAAGCCUUACGAAUGUGCCUAUUGGUGGAAUGUCUGAGGACUGCCUCUACUUGAACAUUUUCACCCCAUUUCUGCCUCACAACGUCACCAAGAGCACCGCGCUCCGCCCCGUGGCCGUUUAUCUGUACGGGGGUUCAUUCAUAAAAGGCACUGCAAGUAUGAUAGAUUAUGACGGGGGAAACUUCGCCAGUCGCAGCGAUGUGGUCGUCGUCACGCUUAACUAUCGACUCGGAGCACUGGGCUUUCUAUCGACGGGGAACCUGACAACUGGGAAUUACGGUAUUCAAGACCAGAUCAUGGCCUUGAAAUGGGUACAGAAGAAUAUUGUUGCCUUUGGAGGUGAUCCAUCCCAUGUUACUGUCUUCGGGCAGUCUUCCGGUGGCCAAAGCCUCGUAGCCCUACUCUCUUCCACCGCCGCAAAAGGACUCUUCUCCGGCGCGCUGGUGCAAUCAGCAAAUUUCGACCUCCCGUGGUUUCCUCGCGCUGUUUACUCAAAAUACAUCGCCCCAGAGGUCGGGAAGGCAGUUGGCUGCGACGACGCUUCCGAAGCAAGUCUACUCAAAUGCCUUCGCUCCGUCCCGGCUUCAAAGUAUCUGGAUAACUCAACCGAUUUCCAGACUGCGAUGAAGAUCUUUUCAUCCAACGUUGCAAAUCACUUCUACCACAGUACAGAGCUGAUAUCCGCAGCCGAACCAUUCAUGCCAAUGGUAGACGAUACAGGGUCGGGCGUAAUCGACGACCAAUUCAACACUCUCCUAGCCAACAACAACCUCCCCAUCAACGUCCCAACCAUGUUCACCAACGUCCGGGACGAGGCAAGCCUCUACAUGGACACUCUCGGCUCUACUCCGGCCCCACUCGCUGUAUUGCUUAACGCGACAUUCGGCGACGCUCUCGCGCAGAAGAUUAUCUCCUCUGGCGUGUACGACGUCGAUGAUUCGGACACCGAUGCUGUUCUCAAUGCUCUUUCAGAUGCCCUGACCCACAGUACAUGGACUUGUCCACAGGGUUAUCUUCUCGAUAAUUACCUUUCAGCCUUCCCGUCCUUAUACGAGAUACAAAUAGCAGAUGGUCAUGCGCAGACAUCCAAUAUGCCGGAUAUCUGUUACCCGAAUGGUGUAUACAACGCUUCCUGUCAUACCUCGGAUAUCCUGCUCGCGUGGGGUACGCUGAAUACCAAGACAGAAGAUGUGCGUCCGUACUAUGAUGAUCGGGAUAUUCUUCACUCGCAGCUCGUCCACGAUGUGUUCGGCGGGUUUUUCCGCGAGAGGAAUCCAAAUCCGGAUUUGGAGUUCUUGAAGGUCCGCGGUCCGGCCUAUGCGAGUACUCUCUCUAUAUUUGGCGGGGAGAUUGGUUCAGAUUCCUCCAUUGGGCGCGCUGAGAAUGGGUUUGUUAUCGAGCAGUACACACCAUCAGAGCGGAAUAUGACGGUUCUGGGAAUGCCGCCGUCUACUACGGUUAAUGCCGAGGAGGAUGGAAUUUGUGCUGUGCUGCGUGAUUAUGGGUUUACUUUCCAGAGGGCGCAUCUGUCUGAUUGA